GGCUUAUUGUGAGGUAAUGGGCAGGUCACAGUCACUGAGGGAGUUCUAGGGAGGAGACUGGAGCCCAGGCUUCUUCAAAGCCUGGAUGCGAACACGCUCAGAUAUCAGGUUCACCAGAAUUGUUAGGGGAGGGCCUCCAACCCUGAAAUUCAGCCUGAAGGCUUACUCCUGAAUAUGAAAUCCUGGGUUGGCCUUGUGAAAGAAGGCCCCAAUCUCCAGGACUUUUGGCUGGCUCAAUUAGUGAGCAAUGAUGAUUUCCCACUGAUGCCCGAGAGGAGGGCAACCAGUGGCUGUCCCUGUGGGUCUGUCCAGUAUUCACUGCAGCUUGACAGUAGAAGCCCAAAUCCCCAAGAUGUUUGGUGGGUACAACAAAUGGGCAAAGAGAGUUAUACACAGGCGACCCUGAAUAUUGUUCCAGUGGAAGAUUCCCUUGGGACAGCUGGGUGCUCAUCCCAUAUUCCAAAUAGAAGCCAAGAUCUUAAAACUUUUUGGCUAGUCCAACCAGUGGACAAAGAUGGUCUCCCAGAAAGGCCCACAAAGAAGGAUGUAGGUGGCCAAGUGAUGGGGGGAUCUGGGUCCUCACCACACUUUCAAGAAAGGGGCCCUGAUCCCCAGACUCUGUGGGAGGUCCAACAGGUGGGCAAAGACCACUUCCCACGGAAACGCGGGAAGACAGCUCAAGGUGGCCGUCGUUUUGGGACUGGUUGGUAUUCAGCACAGCAUCAAAACAGGGCCAAUGGUCCUCAGACUUCUUGGUUCGUGCAACAAGUAAGCACAGAUGAUGUCCAGAUGCCUGGGAAGAGGGUUCCUGGUCCUACUGGGGACUGCUGGUAUCCACCACAUUUCCAUACAGGGAGCCCUGAUCACCAAGAUAUCUGGCUGGCCCAACCAGUAUACAAUGCCUAUGUCCCAGUGAUACCCAUGAAGAGAAUUCGAAGUGACUGCCCUUUUGGGGCAACUUGGUACUCACCACAAUUUCUACAAAGGGUACUUGAUUUACACAUUCAUGCCCACCAUCACCACUGUGUAGGACAUGCCCACCAUCACCGCUGUGUACGACAUGCCCACCGUCACCGCUGUGUACGACAUGCCCACCGUCACCGCUGUGUACGACAUGCCCACCGUCACCGCUGUGUAGGUCAUGCCCACCAUCACCGCUGCACAGGACAUCUGUGUCUCCCAACUAGGCUUGAGCAGAAGAGAACCAGCGAUUCUGUCUUUUUUGUGAUAUGUGAUGAGACAAGUCCAGAAUACAUUUAUAUUCCUUGUCAUCCUACCCAUCAGUAAUAAAAAUCUCUUCAUUCAUGCCAUGAAAUAAAGAGUUUGAAAGGGUACAGAAA